UGGACUCCAGGAAACAAUGGACGAGUUAGAUACCGUUAACUUAGUUGAGCGUGCAAUCCACGCCUAAAAUUCACGAGUUUUUAGAACUGUACUGGGAAUGUCGGGGCUUUCUUGCAGACUUGUGUAGCAGGGUCGGAAGUGGGGGUUGUUUGGCGUAUGAUGGUGCAGUAAUUUAAAGUUCAGACUCUCACCUUUAAUAAUCUCCAUCCAUAUCUGGCGAUUCGUGUUACACCUCUUUUUAGGGGACCAAAAGUCAUUGGACAGUUGGCUUCUUAUUAGUCAAUGCCUUCCUUUGUGUAGGUAAAAGAAAGCUUUCAGUAUCUAGUCUUAAAUCUUGCUGGUUGUAGUCCACCUGGAGCCAUAUGGGGCCCAACAGCUGCACUGAUUUUAUUGUGGCUACACUGGGGUUUGAACCACCAACCUUCUGGGUCCCAGUCAAGCAAUUUAGCCACUAGGCUUCAGGCUGCUUGUGUCAUAGCCCCUCCCUCUGCCCGCAUCACUUCCUGUCCUCUCUGCUGCGAUGGGACCGGGGCUCAGUAAUCCUGUCCUUCGUUGAGGCAUUUCUGUGGGAUUAGAGUGGGAUUAGGCUGCACCUUUCCUCGCGGCAGUGAAACGUACAUUUUAGCUUUCCCCAUUUCCCCUGCAGAAUGGGGAGAAAACAAGGGCGUGGACCACGAGCUUUGCCCCCGAUGCCCAGUCAAGAUACAGGAGAUGAGAUGCCACCUGCCAAACCUAAGAAGAAGAAGUCCAAAAAAGAGUCCAAUGGUGUGGAAGACCCAGAAGAGGCUGGGAUGGAGAUGGGGGUGGUGAGCCAAGGGCAGUCUGAAACCCGUGAACCCAUGACCCCUGAACCCCAGGAACUCCCACCACAGAGGAAGAAGAAGAAGAAGAAGGUGCAGGCUGCAGUGGAUGUGGAAGGGGACCCCGCGGGCCCAUCUGAUCUCUUGAACGGGGAUGGGGCGGAGCCAAACACAGAAGCGGAGGAGGUGCCCCGAAAAACCAAGAAGAAGAAGAAGUUGAAGACGGCGAACGAGGUCCAGUGUGCGAAUGAGCUGGGCGUGGAGGAUGAUGACAUCAUCACAGACGCACAGGCCCCCAUCCCCCAGCACUCACUGUUUUCUGCCCCGCUGGGUCAGAGCCAGCCCGUCGGGAAAGUGUUUGUGGAGAGGAACAGGCGGUUCCAAGCGGCGGAUCGGUUGGACCUGGGCAAGCCCAGCGAUCACGCGGAUGACCUCAUGGAGGUCAAAGCACUGUGGACGACUCGGGACGUCGCCAUGAGAGUGCACAGUAGCUUCAGGGUCAUAGGGCUGUUUUCUCACGGGUUCCUGGCGGGUUACGCAGUGUGGAACAUCAUUGUGGUCUACGUCCUGGCUGGGGAGCAGCUGUCCAAUCUGCCCAACCUGCUGCAGCAGUACCACCCCCUGGCUUACCCUGCCCAAUCACUGCUCUACUUGCUGCUCGCAAUCAGUACUGUCUCCGCCUUCGACAGGGUGAAUCUAGCAAAGGCCACCAUGGCACUGAGGGGCUUCCUCACCCUGGAUCCUGCAGCACUGGCCUCUUUCUUGUACUUUGCUGCUCUGAUCCUCUCUCUCAGCCAGCAGAUGACUAGUGACCGCAUCAACCUCUACCCAAGCGCCAACGAGUCUCUGUGGCCCCCAGGCUCAGAACAGCAGAUCCUGCAGCCCUGGAUCGUGGUUAAUCUGGUGGUAGCGCUGCUGGUGGGGCUGGCCUGGGUCUUCAUCUCCACUCGGCCCGAGAUGGACUACACUGAGGAGUUCUUAAUGGCAAUGGAAGUGGAGGAGUACCCCAGACAAAAUGAUAAAACUGAAAUGUCAGCCUGAAAGAUUUGUAGCUGUGUUUGUGUGUUUACAAUAUAUUUCAAUGUUUAUAUUUAUGUUUUUGUUGUUUGUGUACAUUAACAGACUAAAAAGAAAUCAUUGUUCAAUGUAUUUAAAAAGUCUAUUUUUGUAUUACCUUGUAUUAUAAUGUGUAUACGUAUAGAUAUUUUUAUUUUGUUUUUAGUUUCUUUUGGUUUCUUUUAAAAAAUAUAAAAUAUUAUAAUUUUUUUAAAUACAAUGUUAUACUCUA